AAGAAAUAAUCCUUACAUGUGUUCAGGUGUAAAUGGGAGCCACAGGAAAGCCAGACACGGCUGGCUCUUAAGGCAUCCACUCUCAGUGUUCCGAGGCUGCUCCCUUCAACUUUUAGAACCCCAAGAGAGGUUUCCACGGCAACUUUAACUAAGCCUCACCCACUAUUACUGAGGCUGAGAUUCUCCCCCUUGCCGUCAGGUCCUAAGGGUGGAGCUCUGAGGCUAGCCAUCACUGAAACCCUCCCCUUCAUGAGACCGUGCACAUCUGUGGCUGAUUCUGUUCAAGCCUCUCAAGGACAAUAUCCCCACAGAAAGUAAAUGGGGUAGUUGGAACUACCCAUAUUUACACAUCUUUUCUCUCUGUGACAUAAAACAGAUCAGGAGAGAAAAAGUGGGAAUACCAGAUGACAUUAACAACACGUGAGCAACCCUGCCUGCUUCCUGUUCUGGGUUAGUGGAGUCCACGGGCCUGAAUUAUGAGAACAAUUGUGAUAAAUCGUAAAUCCGUAUUGGUACUGUUCCUUAUAUUAGCCUUCUGGAUCGGUUUUAAGGCUUUCUACAACCCCGCAAAGAAGUGGGUUACACUCACGUGGCAUGACUCCCUCCCUCACUGGAAUUCCUUUAGGAAGGCCGUGGAUAGUGAAGCAUCACCAUGUUCAGUAGUUUCUGCAGCAGAGACUGACCUGAAGAUCAGGAAAAUACUGAAGAAGAUGGAUCAGCUGAUCCCACCGAGGCCCUUCACCCACAUAUACACCACAAGCAGUGCCAAGCAGAGCACAGCUUCCAUCCUCAACCCUCAAAUCACGUACUGCAGGGGCGACCAGCUGGAUGUCCUGCUACAGAUGAAGGACCACUUGGGACGCAGGAAGGAAUAUGGUGGGGACUUCCUCAGGGCCAGGAUGUCCUCCCCAGACCUGGAGGCAGGUGCAUCGGGGAAGGUGACAGACUUCAACAAUGGCACCUACCUCGUCAGCUUCACUCUGUUCUGGGAGGGCGAGGUCUCCCUGUCUGUGCUGCUCAUGCACCCCAGUGAAGGGGCUUCGGCUCUCUGGAGGGCCCGGAACCAAGGCUACGACAGAGUGGUCUUCAAAGGCCAGUUUGUCAGUGGCAGCUCCCGGGUUGAUACUGAUUGUGGGCUGUUUUUGAACUCAAGUGCUGAACUGUGCAGAUACCUGAAUGCUGAAGACCAAGAAGCCUUCUACUGUGUGAAACCUUCUCAUGUGUCCUGUGCUGCACUUACUCACAUGUAUUCUAAGAACAAGCAAGUUUCCUAUCUUAGCCAUCAAGAAAUGAACCUCUUUGAAAGGUCAAAUAUGGCUGUGGAGAUUAUGAAACACUCCAAUGUGAUCCGUGUGACAAAAUGCAACAGAACAAUCCCAGUGGAAGAUAGAUGCAAGCCUGGGAUGAUAUCCACAGUCCCCAGUGGAUAUGUGUGGAAACAAAAAUGGAAUCCUGUGUCGUGCAUUCUGGCUCCAAUCAACAUCAAAACUUGUCUGGAAGGAAAACUCGUAUAUCUAUUGGGAGAUUCCACAGUCCGCCAGUGGAUAGAGUACUUCAGAAUCAAGAUGCAGAAUUUGUCAUCAGCACUGAGGUUAGUAGAUCUGCAUCAAUAUGGGAAACUGCAAAACCAACUCGCCGUGAACUUGGAUACACAUAUUAACAUCCAGUGGCAAAAACAUGCUUUCCCCUUGAUUGGCUCACUGGUCUAUCCAGUCAGAGAGGUUCAGUACAUUGCCCGGGCCAUUGACAGAAUUGGAGGAGAUAAAAAUACCGUGAUUGUAAUUUCUCUGGGUCAGCAUUUUAGACCCUUUCCCCUAGAUGUCUUCAUCCGAAGAGCCCUCAAUAUCCACAAAGCUGUUGAGCAUCUUCUUCUGAGAAGCCCAGACACUAUGGUUAUCAUCAAGAUGGAAAACACCAGGGAGCUGAAUGGUGAUGUGGAAAGAUUUAGUGACUUUCAUGGCUACAUUCAGUAUCUUGUUACUAAGGACAUUUUCCAGGAUCUUAAUGUGAAUAUUGUUGAUGCCUGGGAUAUAACAAUUGCAUAUGGCUCAAAUGGUGUCCACCUACCUGAAUAUGUUAUUGAAAAUCAAGUUAAUAUAUUCUUAAACUAUAUUUGCUAGAUACCUCAUAUCUGAAGAUCAUUUGUUAACUAAAAGGAUCUAUUGAGCAUGUGCUAGGAUGCCAGGUGGUGCAUUCCUAUAACUCCCUUCUGCACUGAGAAGAUUGUCUGAGCUCUGGUGGAUAUGGAUAUAAAACUAGCAGUUGUGCCAGAUAAGAUAUAUUUAAACUAAAAUUUCACUGAAGACGUGAGACUGAGUAUACGCAUAAAAAGUCUUAUAUAUCCAGACAGAGCCAUGUAGCUCUUCACCAAGGGAAUCUAUGACAACUCUGGAUACAACUUUUUUCUAAUGCUUCAGAAUUCAGAGCAAUAAAAUAGUUGUUAAAUAAA